UAUGGUUUUUAUUGGACGCAUACGACUAGGCGACAGAUUUACUUGAAAGCUCUUUAGUAAACAUUUACAAACUGAAAUAUUAAUUAUAACGAAUUACUUUUAUAUGUAUUAUUGUCAUGUUGUAUGAUAGAAAAAGUGCAAAAUGUCAAAACAAAAGUGGAAGAUGUAAAGAAAUUUUCAAACUAAUUCAAGUUGUAUGGAAUCUAUCGCUAUAAAUCAAACCUCCAUUCAAGUGUUUUAUCACAAUGAAGAAGAAAAACUAACCUUCAUUCACAAACCCUAAUCACUUAUCUUCGGUUACAAAUGGGUCGACCACCCCAAAAUCCUGCAGUGUCUCAUGCACAACCCGCACCCGGACCAAUUGGAAUACCAAGUCAACUACCAAUGACCGGAGCGGCCAGCAACCAACCAUCAAAAUGGACUUCAGAACUUUUUGAUUGCAUGAACGAUGGAGAAAAUGCUCUCAUAACAUGUUUCUUCCCGUUCAUCACAUUCGGACAGAUUGCGGAGGUUAUCGAUGAAGGCGCAAGCAGUUGUGGUACGAGUGGAAUCUUGUAUGGAGUGAUAUGCUGUCUAUUAGGGAUACCAUGUGUUUACUCAUGCACAUUCCGGACCAAACUCCGAAGCAAAUACGGGCUACCGGAUGCUCCAGCUCCAGAUUGGAUCACUCAUUGCUUCUGUGAAUAUUGUGCACUUUGCCAAGAAUAUCGUGAGCUCAAGAACCGUGGUCUUGAUCCCGCCAUUGGAUGGAAUGGUAAUGUGCAAAGGCAGAGAAUGGGUCAACAACAGGAGAUGAUGGCUCCUCCCAUGGGUCAACGGAUGAUGGGUUGACUUGGAUGUUGUUGUUUUUUCUUUUUUUGUCAACUUGUUGUUUUUUCUUAAACAUUAUUAUUCUCUAAUAAUGUAUCAAUUUGUGUAUUUUUUCUUUCUUUCUGCGUGCUCUUUUUUUUUAAAAUUUAACGACCAAAAAUAAAUGUCAACCAGGCUUCGUCUUCGUGAAUGGACAUACAACGUUUAUAUUCCCGGCUACAAUUUAUAAUAUACACUUUGAACACAACAACCCAUUACUAAGACAUUAACCCUUUUUUAAAAAAAAAAGAGACAUAAACUUAUGUGAGUGUAUUUCGAAUCUCUCCUAUGGAAAAGAAUGCCAUAGUUUAACUUGCUAAUAGGCUGUGACAUCCGCUCAUUCUGUCUAUUGGUUCCAUUUCAUACGAUGGUUGGUGCAUUAUUUCAGAAUAUUUAAAAUAUUUGUUUACUAGUCUUAUAAUUAUUUUAUGAUUUUUUUGUAUGUUUAGUCUCACUCACGUAAUAUCAUGAACUACUUAAUAUAUUGUACAUCAUUCUAUUACCCCAGUUCAGCAUGCUUAACCAUAUAGUUCUUUCUGAUUAAAAUAAAUGCACUUUGAUACUAUAGCUAGGUAAACAAAUCUAUACCAAAAAUCGAGAUGUUACAAUGUAUCACACUCACAAAGCAUAUCUUCCUCAUUGCACACUAAGACUAUCUCAUCCAUGUUUUGGUGA